AUGCAUGAAUCUCUCUCUUGCAAUACUACACAACCCAACAAAUCCUCCAACACUUCUUCCAACAUAUUCUCUUCUUCUAUCUUUCACAGCCGUCCAACUCUCAAAACAGACGUCAUGAACGGAAGCCAUGUGAACCCAAACUCCGUGAACGGAAACCAUUCCUUGCCCAUCAUCGUCAUCAAUAGGCACCCAGACGCUGGGACCUUCGCCGUGGUCAGCCAACUUGUUCGUCAACUGACACCCUGGGAUGUGAAGCGUCUCCCAGGACUCGGCUCUCGUGCCGAAGACGAAUUCUUCCUCGCGCGGUCCCCAGACACAUUCAACACUUGUUAUGUGUUUGAAGACUGCAUUAUCGAUAACAUGGAAGGGCUGGUCAUCAUGGAGAUGUACAUUGAGAUGGCAAAGAAACGGCGAUGCCCUCUCAUUGUCAUCAACCUCGUCUGCCUCCCACGGCCAAAACCCGGACAAAACGUCCCGCCCCUAAUGUGGAAAAACCGUAACGGUCUGUUCUGGACAGAUUUGAACCUCUCGGCAAGGAGUCUCAACGCGACAGCGGAGUUAAUCGCCGGUCACACGAGGAUCGAAUGCAAUGAUCGUUGGUAUUGCAGUUGA